ACCAAGUUAAAAAUUUGUAGGUAAACGAAAUCGAAACUAGGAGAACUAAAAUUACUAAAAUGGCAGAAGGAGGUGAAUACAGUAGCCCAGUGCUAGGCUCUGAUAUGAUAUUUGAGUACACGUGCACCCCAUGUGCUGAAGACGGCAUUAUUCAAGAAUCUCUGAAAUACUGCCCAGAAUGUAAAGAAUUUCUGUGUGAAACAUGUGUGAAUCAUCACAAAAAAGUGUCUGCAACGAAAAAACACAAGCUACAAGACAACGAUUUUCAACGUUGUGAGAAAGGUUCCGUUAACAACACAUCAGACGAAGAAAACAUGUUCAAAUGUCUCUACCAUCCAGACAGGGAUAUUGAGAUGUAUUGUGGUGAUCAUGAAAUGGUGUUCUGUGCUCUGUGUGUUGCUAAAAACCAUAGGUAAUUAAAUUUGAUCUCUUACUGGUACUUUCUAUCAUC